UUCCUGUCCUUGCUCUAACAGCUUCCGGGAGAAGCCGGAAGAAACCGGGCUCCGGACAGAAUCGGGGUUUGCGGGCCCCACCGGAGAGACGAAACCAGGGGCCGCCCUGGGGAAGUCAAAAGACUAACUCUGGCCUUUUCAGCGAUUGCAAUAUGCCAGGCUUGCGAGCAUUAAUUUGCUUCGAUGGCUUCGCGUCAUCUUCAGAGCAACCUUAUGAGUGUGGACCCGGGCAGCAGCCAGGCAUGGAGCUCUCUGGCGUCAGCCUCAUCGAGGGUGUGGAUAAUGAGGUGACAGUGGUGGCAGGUGUGCUGGUGCUGGUUCUGGCCCUGGUCCUAGCUUGGCUCUCCACAUAUGUAGCAGACAGCGGUAGCAGUCAGCUCCUGGGAACUAUUGUGUCAGCAGGCGACACCUCCGUCCUCCACUUGGGCCAUGUGGACCAGUUGAUGGCGGGCCCAGGCACCCUAGAGUCCCCUGAGCUACCCCACCCAUUGGAGGGCAGUGAAGAGAAGGCUGAAGAGACCUGCACAAGCAGGGGGGAUGUGACGAGGGAGCUGGGUGCCGAGGUAGGUGUGGAGCCCAGCCUAGAGCAGCUCCUGGAUAUCCAGGGCCUGCCCAGGCAGCAGGCGGGUGUGGAGAGAGCUGCUCCGGAAGACCUGCCAGAGUCAGAUGGGGGCACUUGCCUGCCCUCUGGUGCCACCCUCAUCAACCUGCGGCUCAAACUCCUCAAUGACACUGAGGAACUGGCCGUGGCCACGCCGGAGGACACCGUGGGUGCCCUGAAGAGCAAAUACUUCCCUGGACAAGAGAGCCAGGUGAAACUCAUCUACCGAGGCCGCCUGCUACAGGAUCCCGAGAGCACAUUGCGUUCCCUGAACAUCACUGACAACUGUGUGAUCCACUGCCACUGCUCACCCCCAGGGGAUACUGCCCCAGACUCCUCAGCCCCCCUGGCCCCCUCGGCUGCAGAGUCACCCAGCCUGGGCAUCAGUGUGGGCAGCCUUGUGGUGCCCAUGUUUGUGGUGCUCUUGGGCGUGGUCUGGUACUUCCGGAUCAACUACUGCCAGUUUUUCCCAGCCCCCGCCACAGUCUCCUUGGUGGGCAUCACGGUCUUCUUCAGCUUCUUGGUUUUUGGGAUGUAUGGGCGAUAGGACCUGGAGAGACACACAGGGCAUGGGCACCCUGCACUGCUGCUUCCCUUUCCAGGCCACUGCUGGGUCAGGCCUGGAGGGUGGUAGCCAGGUUGUGGUGAUGGCCAGGCCAGGGCCAGCUGGUGGGCGUUGGGCUGCCUGCCAGGCUAGGCACAAUCAUCCCCAUGUUGGUGCAACUCAGGUAGAAAGCCAGGUGUCACCUGGCAUCCCUUUCAGGCUCAGAGCUGUGCCUGGCUCGUGGAAGCUUGGGCUCUCACUCCUCUCCAUGUCCGGGCCUGGCACUGCUGCAGAGGCCUUUGGUGGUAGUGCCGAGCCUGGCAUGGCACUGGCAGGGUGAGUUUGUCCCUGCCUCCCCCAGCACUGAGCCACCCCUGCCCUUAUGGGAAUGGGGGACCUCCCUUCUCAGCACUUUGCUGGCCUUUCUUAUUAGUCUUUUAUGGGGCUCAGGUGGGAAGGCACCAGGCUACAGUGCUGCACCCCUAGGCCCAGGGCUGCAAGUGGAGCACUGGCUGUCAGCCGGCCCCUGCUGUUGGGCCCUGAGGGGUCAUCAGGCCCAGGCCUGGCAGCAGGGUAAAGGCUUGGGUGUCUGUGACUGAAUAAAGUUGCAUUUUGUGGCCAA